UGCAAUCCUGAGUUAUAGCUAGCUACCUAUGCCACAAUUUCAAGGAAUUCUCUUCCUGUGUGAUGUCAGACAACCACAAUGUAAUCUGUGUUCACUAAAAUCCUGGGACUUCACAUUGUGAUGUGUCAGAGCCUGAAUGUGUGUAUUACUCCACAGCCCUGGAAAUUAUGCCCCGAUCCUUGCCUCAGUAAGAGAGACAGCAAUGAACACCCACAGCAUGGAAAUGGAACCAGGAGAGAAAGGAGCUUCUAUGGGUGCUUCCGUUUUCACACAUAACCCUUACAACAUGGAAGCAGGAGAGAAAGGAGCUGCUAUGGGAGCCUCCGUGGUCACAUAUAACCCUUACAGUCAGCCAGUGCCCAUGAAGGCAUCUGAUGAUUCAUCGAGCUCCCUACAAGUCCCUGGGUCCAGGAACAGAGUCCCCACACAUCAUAUAAGGGAAUUAGCCAGGGGGAAGUUCCUUCUCAACAUUGAUGACAUCACAUUAUUGGACUGCAUUGGAGAAGGGGAGUUUGGGAUAGUCUACAGAGGCAGAGUGGGACUUACAAAGAGGGACGUGGCCGUGAAAACACUGAAAGGUGAAUUUGACCAGGAUGAGGUUGACAAGUUUGUGGAGGAGAGUCUGAAGAUGGGUCGAUUCAAGCAUGCUCAUGUGAUGGGUCUCAUUGGAGUCUGUCUCGACGCUGGCUCUGCCCCUUACAUCAUCAUGCCUUAUAUGGCCAACGGGAGUCUUUUGAAGUACCUCAAGAAAGAGAGAAAGAACAUUGUACUCUCUGAGGAAGCUGAUGAAGAUGAGGUGAUGAGUUUAUGUACAGAUUAUGGA